ACAGGCAUCUGCUAGCGCUCUUGUUUCCGCGCAUGCGCGAAACUUGUCUCCAAUUCGCAAACUACUGCAGCAGCCAGAAGCUAUUUUUGAACAUAUUCGAUAUAUGGGGGGAUAAAUGCCGAUAAAAGGGAAUAUCCUAGCCUAUAUACAGAGGCUUCUUAGAAUCGUAAGCGUCCACCGAUGCUGACACUUGACGAGGAAUUGACGUGAAAGAAAGGGAAAAAGAUCGACGAAGCAAGAGUAUUCGCAACCCGGCGUCGAGAAAGUAAAAAAUAAACAAACAUGACUGUCAUGGAUUUUUUCGGUUGCGCCUUUCUGGCCUUCGGUCCACCACUGGCUAUGUUUACAUUUACCAUCGCUGCUGACCCCAUCAGGAUAAUCAUACUGAUUGCUAGCGUUUUCUGGCUUAUCUCACUGCUCCUGUCGUCCAUACUCUGGUACGCAGUUGUUCCCCUGCAGGAGAACCUUGCAUUUGGACUAGUGUUUUCUGUGCUGUUCCAGGAGAGCUUCAGAUACCUGCUUUACUGGGUGCUGCGCAAGGCUGAACGAGGCUUGGAGAAGGUCACAACGACACAUGUGGCGGAUAGCAGACACAUAUUCGCUUACGUGUGUGGUUUAGGCUUUGGCUUCAUGAGCGGUGCCUUUGCUUUGGUCAAUGUUCUGGCUGACGCAGUCGGGCCUGGCACCAUGGGACUCUGGCAAGGCACGGAAUACUUCUUCAUUAUAUCAGCUGCCACCACAUUGUGCUUCAUUCUGUUACACACAUUCUGGGGCGUCAUCUUCUUCUCCGCGCUGGACAAAAGAAAUUGGGGUCACAUUGUCUGGGUAGUUGGAACGCAUCUGUUUGUCUCGUGUAUGACCUUGUUCAAUCGUUACCAGGCAUACGCAGCCAGUCUUUUGUCAGCGUACAUAGUAUUAGCGAUGACGACUGCAUUAGCGUUCAAAAUUGCAGGUGGCUGGAUGCAACCUUCGAUUUUCUAUUUCCGAAGAAAUUGAGAGUUUUUAUAAAGGUUACUUAAUUAUGUGAUUAGAUAAGAAUUCCAUCUUUGAUAGCAUUAUAAAUACAUAAAAGAAAACAUUAUCUCCAUUUGUGCUGGUCUUAUAAGAAAACAAAUUAAUCUUUGCUUCAUUAUAUAAGAGUGCAUUCAAAAAACAAGCAUAAAUGGAUUUUUUCAAAUUAAGCUAUGAUAUAAAAUAUAGGUAUAAAAUAUUGUAAAUAUUAAGUGAAUGGUAAAUAUUGCAAUGUGGCUAAAGCAUAUUCUGUUGAAUUCUGUAAUGAGAGAAGGAGAAUAUAUUUAUAAUUACAUAACAUUUUUUAAGAACAUUUCAAAA